AUGAUAUGCACACUACGUUUCCCUUCCACGAACAUUCGGCUAGAGUUCCAGUCGCUGGUCGAAGAAAGUGGAGCCGGUGGCAGCUCCGCACCGAUGCCACCACUCCGUAUCACCAUACCUACGGACAAUGAUGGCCGUAGCCCAGCGCCUUCUCCUACAGGCACAAUAAGUGCGGCGAACAGUUGUCCGACAUCACCACGCGGCGCUGGCACGUCGGGGCGAAGACACGCAGACUUGGGGCUGGUCGCGCACUACGCGGUGCUCGCUGAUCAGGCACGACCCAAUUCCAAUGGAACUGCUGCGUCGUCUUCGAACUCGGAGUCUAGCUACGGAAGUACGCGGGACGUGCGGGAACGUGAACGCGAACGCGAGCGCGAGCGUGACUCACGAGAUGACGCCAAACCGCCGUAUUCUUACGCGCAGCUGAUUGUGCAAGCGGUGGCAUCUGCGCCCGACAAGCAGCUCACCCUGUCGGGCAUCUACAGCUACAUCACUAAGCAUUACCCUUACUACCGCACCGCGGAUAAAGGCUGGCAGAAUUCAAUCCGUCACAAUUUGUCGCUCAAUAGAUACUUCAUCAAAGUACCGCGUAGUCAGGAAGAGCCAGGCAAAGGCAGUUUCUGGCGUAUUGACCCGCAGAGCGAAGGCAAGCUCAUCGAGCUCGCCUUCCGUCCGCGACGCCCCAGGGGGGUACAGUUCCGCGCACCUUUUGGACUAUCCUCCAGGAGUGCGCCGACGUCUCCGUCUCAGGUGGGAGUGUCUGGCCUCGUGACGCCCGAAGAGUUGUCCCGUGAACCUACUCCAGACUUGUUCCCGCCAGAGGAACAAGAACCACAGUCGAACCAGCAGCGCUUGAGCAACAACAAUAGCCAGUCCGCGCAAUAUCUGUUCCCGCAGCGCUCCGGCGUCAGUCAGAGCGCGCCCGGAUCGCCCGGUCAUGGUCUCGCGUACAGCACCGGAAGCGGGCUGGUGAUGGCGGGUCACCAGAUAACAGUCGUCACCAACGGAGCAGGAGGAGAGAGAGAAGAGAAGUACGUAGUAGGCACGACCGGUGGCAACCUGGUCUCGAUUCAGGAGGAAGACGUUCCCGCCAAUGUGGUUAUACACCAGCAUUCACCUUAUUAUGGCGGCGGCUACGGCGGCGCGGGCGGCGCGGACGAGUGCGGCGCCGUGGGCGGCGAGCUCGUCAUCGAGGACGCGCCCGCCGACCCGCCGCACAAGCGCGCCAGGCACGCCAAUAUGUCGGAGCUAGAAGAUCGACGUGCAUAUUGA